AUGAAAUUUUGCAAGAACUUGCAGCGAGUUGUUGAUAUAUCGGACCCGGAAUGGGCUCCGUAUUGGCCAAAUUACAAAAUGCUGAAGAAAUUGAUAAAAGAGCUGCCUUCGUUGGUGCCUGCAGAGGACGCAAAACCAACUCCAGAGCCACCGAAAAAUAAUACUGGAAGUUCUCAAAAACCACAAAAUAAUCCUAAUGCUUCCGCCAUUGGAAAGAGCCCAGGAGAAGUCGCAUUUUUCAAGCUGCUGCACUCUGAAUUUAAGAAAGUAACCAUGUUUUUCGAACGGGCGAGUGAGGAAUACAAAAUUCGUGAAGAGCGAGUUCAAGAAGGAAUGGCUAUCUCAAAGCAAGCCAACUCAAUCAUGGUCAAUGAGAAAUGGAGUUUGAUGGCGAAAAGCAUACAUAGGCUGUAUAAGGACCUUCUCCUUCUUGAAACCUUUGCAAUUAUGACAUACUGCAGUUUUUCAAAGAUCCUAAAGAAACAUGACAAAGUUACAGGAUAUGAAACGAGAAGUGCAUUUAUGGAGAAUGUGGUCAACAAGGCAAACUUUACACAUUACCCUCAUUUGUUGGAAAUGAUUUCGCGGUCCGAACGCAUGCAUGAACAAGUGUCGCAAAUUCUAUUGAGGGAAGGAAAGGAGGGUCUGUACGAAGACGAGCGACUCUUUAUCAAUAUGAUUAACAGACUCAAUGAACAAGUGCUGAAUGGUGAAGACAGCAACAGCAAUGCAAUCCGAAAAGACACCACAAGGCGGCUAUCCCUGACGCCGCUGGCCAACAAGAAGGAAUCAAGUGAAGCCUCCACUACGGCAGCCGCUACAUCAACCUUGCGAGCUGUUUUGGAGGAUACCCAAAACGCCAACAAUGCCAAGAUAGAAGCAUCCGAUGAUGGCGGAAGUCAUCAUCAUCACGACAACAAGCGACCUGCAGCCACAAAUAUUCCAAUUGCCCCAGACGCCAAACGCAGGGCGGUAUAG